GUCUGUAAGCGAGUUGGCCACACCGCGCAGGCGCGUGUUAUUGAUAAAUUUCACAAGCAAAGGUGGAACUUCUAAUAUUGGGACUGUAUAUAAGUAUAUAUGUUGGGUGGUUUCGAGAUUUGUGCGAACCCAGUCUCACGCACGGCGCGUCUCCGCCAGCUGUUGUGAGGGAGUUCUCGGCUGGAAGGGGAGGGCGCCGCGGCAUGUCGGACAGGUUCCACGGAGGUCUGGGCUGAUAUCGUCAGGAGAGCUGCGCCAUGGCGCCUAAAGACCCGCUGCUCGGCACCCUGAAGGUGUGCGUGAUGAACCUGAAGUCGGAUGACGUCACGGUGACUGACCGAAACCCUCAUCUGGGGUCCUGCUGCGAGCUGCUGGAGCUGGUCCUCAGGAAGGGGCUUCAGCAGCCAGUGCUCAGCCUGGUUCACAGAGACUACUGGCAUUGUUUCGAACAGCUUCCCAUCCAAGAUCCCUGUGGCAGACUCAGUACGGUGUCGUUGGUGGUGGAACAAGCACGAGUUUGCCGGAAGCUCCUCUCAGCUCAGGGUCGAGGGCGUUACCUACUGCGGUUGGCCCUCAGCCGGAAGACCCUUCCUCAGUUCGUCACACACCUGCUGCACACUCCCAGAGUGGUGGAGUGGUACUCUCCAACCUUGUCAAUCCUCCGAAAUGAAGAAUUUUUAGAACCUUUCAUGUCACUGCUGCUGGUCCUGUCAAACAUGGAGUUCAAGCUGGACAUGGAGAACUGCAGCUUCCUGGAUGAAAGCUGGCUGUUACCAGUUUGUGAAAUAUAUGAAGUAGUUCCAUGUCGCGAGGUGGGGUUAGUCCUGAGAUACCUGAGUGGGCGUGUCUUUAUCCUGGAGCUCACACCUGGAUGCCAGGCUCAUGUUGACAAGAUUGCCUGCCCCGGAGAUAUAAUAGAUGAGAUCAAUGGCACAUCACUGAGAAACUCAAAGAAUGGUCAGGCAGGUGUCAUACUAUCUCGACUGAAGGGCUGCCCUCUGACCAUCCGUGUCCUGCGAUGGCGAGCCCAUGAUGGGACAGUGUACCGCCCCCUUCUCAAACUCCUGAGAGCUUUGAGGACGGAGAAUCCCUCCCUGCAGCUCUGUCCGCCCUCCUCCCUGCAGCCAGCACCCAAAGUGCCGUCUCCUUCACCUUCACAGUGUUUCAAAGAGGGGCGGAUUGUCUACAUUGUGCAGUUCCUUGGCAAGGCCAACAUUGGGAUGUUUGGUGGCAAAGAGGUGCUACAGCAUGCUGUUCCACAAGUGUUGCAGAAAAACCAGCCGAGCAAGGAAGUGCUGCUAGACCUGAAGGAAACUCACCUGACUUGUACAGACAGCAGCAGUAAGCAGGUUCUUUUUGAGCACCACUAUCCCGAAAUAUCCUGUGUGGGGAGGUACAGCCAACCAGACUACACAGUUUUUGCAUUUUGUGUUGCUGACUCCCCAGAAACCCCUCAGUCAACGGGCUUCUGCUGUGUGGCAUUCAAAGCCAGCAACAUCAAGGAGUGCGAAGACCUCGUCUGCCGCAUUGCGACCGGUUUCAAGCAUACAGAGUGGUUCGUCUGAUUGUGAAUAAAAUGUUAGAAUUUGACAUGUGAUGAUUCAUUGAAAACACACGACAGCUGCUCUCUACUCAUAAAGGCCUUUAAUAGAAAGACAUGUGACAACAGUUUUCAUAAAUAUUCAUUGUAGCUGCCAAGAU